AUGAAGGUAUGUGACACAUCAGGGCUCGGGCUAUUGAUUGAACUUCUAACUACAUUGAAGAAUCUUGGACUUAAUGUAUAUGACGUAAAAGGCCAGGGAUAUGACAAUGGAUCCAACAUGAAGGGGAAAAAUAAAGGAACUCGUUGGGAAAGUCGUGUUGAAAGUGUUAAAGCAGUAAGGUAUCAAGCUGCACAAAUAAGACAGACAUUUCUUCACAUAGUAAAUGGUAAAGAAGAUAUCAAGACCAAAAGUGAUGCUGACACUCUAGCAAACUAUAAUCUUAAGAGCUUUGAGUUCUUAUUAGGUAUGGUUAUAUGGUAUGAGUUGUUAUAUGUUGUUAACAAUGUCAGUAAAGUUCUACAAACUGAAGAUAUGCAUGUUGAUACUGCCAUCAAAGAAUUGAAAUGUCUUCUUUCUUUUCUUAACAAGUUCAGAGAAACUGGGUUUGCGGAGUCCUUGAUUGAAGCAAAAGAGAUUGCAAAUGAAAUGGGGAUUGAACCGGUUAGGAAUAUACUGAAGGAUGAUGAGGAUUCUGAUCUUAAUAAGGAUGCUUUAUAUCAUGACUUGCAAAUGUUGAGUCAGGAUUUACCCAAUGAAGCAAAAAGAGCUAUUGAUGUGUUGAAUUUUAUAAAAGAAGUGGAAGGUUGUUAUCCACAUGAUUGGAUUGCUUACAUGAUUAUGCUAACCUUACCAGUUACAGUUGCCUCUACUGAAAGAAGUUUUUCAAAACUGAAGUUGAUCAAGACUUAA